UUUUCCAUACCGCCCUCUGGGAGUAGGGGUGUGCAGCAGGCUCCUCCCGCCCCCUUCCUCUGAGUGACAGGACCGUCGAUCGCAACAUUUCCAGGUGGACACGUAGUUUGUUGGCCCUUGCGUUGGCUGAGCUGAGUAAGAAAAAGAAACCAAGAGUUUAUUGUAUCUGGAAUUGAAUUUGCCAGGAAUGUGAGCACAGCUUCCUCUGUGAAGAUCUUGCCUUUGGAAACAUCUUACCCCUUGGCAGCUCUCCAGAGUUCAAACUUGGCAGCCUCAAGGACACAACACAAGUUUUAAACAUUGGACAACAUUCAGCCUAGAAUUGUCAUCCUUGAAAGAAGGGAGACAAACAAGAUCUCAGCCUCUGUUUCUAUAGUGGCCACCUCCAGGUGAUCUGGAACAGGAGGUUCAGCAGUCAUUUUGGAGAUCAAAGAUGGGUAAAAAAGAUGCCUCCACUAUAAAACUUCCUGUUGAUCAGUACAGAAAGCAAAUUGGUAAACAGGAUUAUAAAAAAACCAAACCUAUUUUACGAGCAACCAAAUUAAAAGCAGAAGCAAAGAAAACAGCAAUAGGCAUAAAGGAAGUUGGCCUUGUACUUGCGGCUAUAUUGGCCCUCCUACUGGCUUUCUAUGCUUUCUUUUAUCUCAGACUGUCUGCAGAUGCUGACCCUGAUCUGGAACCAGAUGAAGAUUAGUUAAGCAGCAAUGAAUGCAUGAGAAGGAAAUAAUUUUAUAAAAGCACCUCUUGGGACCAAUACUUUCUGAAGUACUGAGACAGCAACAUCUUGAAUUCUUUCUGCUGGUAUUUUCAGUUUGCAGAAAAUAUCUUUUUAGAUAGUUGCAUAGGAUAUCAAGAAAAGAACUUUACCUAGCAAUGUAGUGUAAUGUAUGCUACCGGAUACUUUUAUAAAUCUUUCUACUUUGACAGGUAACCUUUUCACGGUGCAUUUAGAUAAAAUGGAAAACAGAUCCUAAAUUCUUUGAAUGUCUUAGCCAAUUUAUGUGUAUAACUCCAUAAGAGAUUUUAAAUCUAUUUUUGUUCCAUAUACAUCAUAAGUAAAAGUAUAUAUCCUCAUUUACAGAAACAUUCUCUAGUCACAUUCAGAGCCUAAGAAGGAAAGGAAAGUCAUGGGAAAUUUUUCAUUUUACAAAGAAGCCCUGCUUUCCUUCCAGACGUAUUUUAUAUCAUUAGAGAAACUAUCUGCACAUACAUCUACAGUAAUCUUUUUCCUCCUUUGCCAACUGUUCAGUGCACAUGUGCUCCAUCAGAAAUGGCACCUGGAUGACAGAAGCUCAAAGAGUCACAUAUGUCUCUAAAAUAGAGUUUCUUUCCUCUUGGGCUGUCUGAACUGGUGUAAAUAGAAAGUUCAGUUGAUCUUGAUUUUAAUUAACUUAUUACUAUAUUAAUAUAAACUUGGAAUUCUAUUUUAAUUAUGUCGUUCUGGCUGCUUGCAGUAUCAGUUUGCCCCUCUUGUUAGGAAGCUAUGUAACAAUCUGUCGUCUACUUGUGCAGUCUUUUUCACACAACAGUAAUAGCAGAAGUCCAACCUACUCAGAAUCAUUUUCUUGGGUUGUCUCUUAUAUCUGAACAAUACAAACUUGUUUUAUAAAAUUAUAUUUUGUCUCUGGAGAAUUAAGUCAAUUAGAACUCUUUCGUGAACAGUAAGUGAUAGAAGAAAAUAGAUGUCUUAUAUUACUCAUAUAUGUAGUUUUCUGUUUAUAUAACUUUUCAUGGUGUUUUACAUUUGUUGGAGUAUAAAGAACAAUGUAGUCAAUAUUUUCUACCAGUAAUGGAAUUUUUAAAUAUUUUUACAAUGCAUGAAUACAUAAGCUUAGAAAAUGGAAAAAUAUGUGUCCACAGCAGGGUUGACAGUUACUAUCUUAUUUAAAUCUGUACAGAAAAUGAAUAUUUUGAAACGUGCAUAUAGUGUUUUAUGGUUAAUACAUUAUAAUUACAAAUAGUAAAUAAAAUGUUAAGAUUGUUUCCAUACUCACCAACAGAAGAAAGUUUUGAUAAGUACUUUUGCAAAUAAUUGAAUGUGGCUGUGUAGCUCUAUGUUCUGUAGAAUUUUUUCAGGUAGCAUAAUUUAUUUCAUCAGUGUGAAAACAGCCAAAAGUUCCAGUAUCCUCACAGAUCAUUUAUGCCAAAUAUCUGAGGGCAAAAUUUAGCUAGUGCUACUUACUGGAUUCUUCCCCUAAAAAAUUGCAAACUUAAGAGACAGACCAAGAGUUCCUACACACUCACCACAGUGGACCAAUCCAAGUGGCAUUUUUAGGAAAGGUUGCAGCAUUUAAUGCCAUGUGGUAUGUCUGUUCGUGAAGUGGGUGGCAAGGGAAUAUCCAAGCUGGCAUUUUGGAUAUGAUGGGUCUUUUCUUUCCUGAGUGACAGGCCACAUGUCAAGAAAUACUGCUUUCCCCACUCCUAUCACAUUUACGUGAACAAUUUUCAUUUAGUUAUUUCCCCUCCCAUCUGGUGUUAAAUACAGUUAUAUUAAAUAAAGAUUAUUUCCAAUUUCAGUGGUAAUUUAAAUGCAAGGGAAUGUAAUAAUUGUUUUUUAGAUACCUAUCCAAGUGAGAUAUAACAGGAUUUACAGUAUUUAAAAUAGAUGAUUAUACUCUUGGAAAUGUCGAAAAUUCAUUACUCUGGGAAGAAAAAAAAAAAAAAAAAAAAAAAAACUUUACUAUCCUGUUCCUCCCUUGAGGUAUUCUUUUGGAGAAAAAAAAAUGUUAUUUCUGAUAGUAAUGAAUGUUUGCCUAAGCAUAGUAUAAUUAUUAAGCAAGUUUGACUACUUAGUUUUAUCAAUACUCCGAGCCUAUGGCUAAUACGUUUAUAUGAUUGAUUGAUUGAUGGUAAAUCCUAAAAGCUGAACUCUGAUAUUAAUAAAUAGAAGGUAAAGUGAAACAAUGUAUAUUUACAGAACACUGUUUUCAUGAAAUGCAAAUUUUUCAAACUCACAUUAACUGGGAAGCAGCCAAUCCUCUGUAGAGAAAUCCCAGGUUGAAGUCUGGAUUGAAACUUUGAAGACGAGGAGGUGAUAUCCGGCCUACAGUUUCAGAGGACUACACUUUUGAAUACUGCGUGGUAUUUGGCAUAAAUCUGAGACUGGCACCAGACAAAUUUUGGGCAUGGGUUUUCUCCCUGCAAUAAUUCACUUCUCAGAGUAAUUCGGAAGACAAAAACAGAAAAAUUAUAAUGACCUUUCAGUAUGUUAGAAUUUAUCAUAUGUUAGAAUGUUAACAUACUCUCUGCAGAAUAAAUUUCAACUAAUGCAGCUGGACUUAACAUAGAGCCUAUGAAACACUGUGAAUGAAGCCUGAAGCGUUGCUGGUUUUAUCCUGCAUGAAAAAUAAAGAAUAUAUAAAUUCAUUUGAGUGGAGAUGUUAUAAAAAUAAAACCUCAUCUAUAAUUUCUUUUAGAACAAAUGUGCUAAAACCCUGUCUUAGUGCCAGUAUGAGGUUUGUUGAUAUUUUAAGGGGCUAAAUACUUGAAGAUUUUCUAAUAUUUUCAAUUUUCAUAAAGGUAGGAGAAAUAUUCCCACCCCAACCUAUGCUUGCAAGCUCCUGAGACUAUUCAUUUCUGUAAUUCCUGUAGUGUAGUGAUCUGUACAUGUUUAAUAAAUGCAUGUUAAAAUUUUAAUUAAUGCCUUUUAGUUCUCUCAGAGUCUGGCAUAGUUUUUGCAUGUAGUAGAUGAUCAAAAAUUGUUUGCAUUUAAUAAAUAAAACUUAAAAAAUCACAAUAUUGAUUAAUUCAGCAUUUAGUAUUUAUGGUCUGGUUGUAUUGAGACAUAGAUAGAUUUCAUUGUGGUUCUCUUUGAGAUCAAGACAACUAGUGUUAAAUUUGCUUUAGAACAGAAACAUUGCUCUUUUUGAGGAAAUCAAAUAUACUGUUUUGCUCUUAGUAUUAUUAAAAAUCUUACUCUGUUUUAAAUUCAACUUAGUCUACAUCUUCACUCCCAUUGAAACUAAAACUAAGUUUCAUUAUAGUGCUUAUAUAAUGAACACUAAAGUGCUUUAUUUUCCAGAUUCUAAAAUGAUAUAGUCAUUGAUAAUUCAGUAGAUCAAGUUAUGCUUUAGAUAAGCUUCAGAAAUAAACUUCUGGAAAUGAAACUUAAAUUUUAAAAUUUAAUGUACUUAUUCAUAACAUAAGGUUGUUGAGCCGGAGACUAAGAUUUUUUUUUUUUUGCUCUUUAUGAACAAUUAGGUUUCUUUGUACUUACCUGGGUCUUCUCUGGGGAAAUUCUUACACUCUCCCCUUAGCGGCACUGCCUUCUUUUAUUAGAAUUCCUCCAGUGCAGCAUGGAUAGAAUAUUUGCUAGAUUUUGUUCCAUUGACACCAUAUUUAAAAUCAGUGCAACUCACAGUUAAAAAAAAAAACAAAACAAAAACAAAACUGUAACAGAUGAAUGCAGUGCCUACAGAAAUGCUUUACUCUUUUGUAUAGGUUUUAACUCCACAGAAAAGUAUAGCGGGAAUUUGGAGAGUCAUUUAAAGAACUGUACUACUGUGGAAAUAUCCAUAGUGGGUCAGUAAAUGCAUUUAAAACAAUUGAACUGCUGUCGUAUUCAGCAUUGUGCCUCCUUGUUAAACAUUUUUUUUAUCCCUAGCAACAGACAUGAGAUACUUAUUUCAAGAAAAAUAAGAUACUUUACAUGCCAGAAGAUUUUUUUUUGAUGACAGUACCCCCUCCUAUUCUUCAUUUUUUAAAACAACAACCAAAUUGGUGGGGAGGCAGCCAAAAUUUGAGGUACCAAUGCCUCUCGAACAGAUGUCGCACCAUUAUUUUUUAGCUCGUUUAGAUGAAUAAACAUGUUAAACUGUGAAGUAUUACAUUUUAGAUUUUUUCAUUAAAAAAAGAGACAAUCUGUUUACUGUCCUAAUUGAGACAACAAUCCUUGUGGUUGCCAGUUUUGGCAGUCAUAACAAUGAACUAUAAAUAUUUGGACCAACCAAGUACAUGGCGGCUAUAAAGGCUAUAGCAUGUGUAAAGUUCUGUUUUCACGGGCACCCAUCUUGGUAUGGCAUUUUUUUUCUGACUUCUUCAAAUACAAUUGUUUGUGUAAAUCUGAAGUUUCAUCGUAAGCCUAAAAGAAAUUGAUUUCAAUAUCUAAUUUUGUUCUAGUUUAUCAUCCUUUUCAGUGUUCAACUAUCCAUCUGCUUGUAACAAAUUGCUUCUGCAGUUGCUCUAUUGAAUGUGACAAGGCAGGUCUUCAGUGGAUUGCCUUCUCUGUACAUCACACAAUUCAGAGAUUUUUUUUUCCUGUUUUGCUAUUUAUAAAGUGAGGUUAAAGACAUUUUUUAAAGUCUCUUAAAUUGCAGCAGUUUUUGGUAAAGAAUGUUUUAUAAAUAAACAUGGCCAAAUAUAGCUCUUGCUAUAAUGACCAUGAGGUGGAGGUCAUAGUCUCAGACCUCAUUAGGAUGCUUUAGAUAAAACAGCAGUGUGGGAGAAGUUGGUGCACCAAAGAGAAAUAACCCAGACAUAAAAACAUAUUAUUCUGCUAGUUCCUAAACAUCUAUGAUCUAGAUGGCAAGUGCCCUUGUAGGCAUCUUAUUUGAGUGUGCUUGCUCGCUUCUCUCACUCUUUACCAUCUCUCCUAUUACCUCAUUUCUAAAUUCUCAAAACUCUUGCACGUUCCCUGUUUGUAUGAACUUUACUUGUACUUUAAGUAUGUGCUUACCUAUAUUAACUGCCUCUACCUACUCUUAGAAUCAUCAUUGAUCCUCACCUUUUUUUCUACUAUCUCUUCCUCUCACUGGCUUGCUUUCUUAUACAUUAGUAACCACACGCAUUGCAUACAACUGGAAAGAAUAGUACAAUGAACCUCAAUCUACCCUUCACCUAGUUUCAACAAGUGCCAAUAUUUUGCCACUCUUUUAUAUACUUCACCCAUUUCUGUAACCUGAGGUAUUUUAAAGCAAAACUCAAAAAUGCUGAUGUUUUACCUAUAAAAAUCUCAGUAUGCAUCCCUGACAAGAAUUUUGGUGUGUUUGUUAUUUGUUAGGGUUUUUUUUUUUUUCUGCAUUACUAAAGAGUACUAUUACAGCUAAUGGAAUUAAAGAGUUAUCUCUUAUUAUAAAUUAAUACCCACACAGUACUCAAAUGUCCUUGUCUUCAAAAUGUCUAUUUAAAAUAGGUUUAUAAUCAAGAUCUGUACUGUAUUUGGUUACAUGUCUCUUAAUUUUUUUUUUUACAAUUGACCUUUGAACAAUGCAGAGGUUAAUCUGUGUGCCACUUAUUGUCAGCCUUCCAGAGAUUCAUGGUUUCUCUACAUUUGCAGAUUCAACCAACCACAGAUUGUGUAGAACCUGUAGUAUUUACUAUUGAAAAAUAUCCCCAUAUAUAACUGGACCCAUGCAGUUUAAACUUAUAUUGUUCAGGGGUCAACUGUGUUCUGUAAUAAACCUCUUUUUCCUUCA